AUGUUGCGUUUCGAGUGCUCGCUCCAAAGCCGGGCCCGCCAUGUGUGGAAGUCGCCCUCAAGGCCAGUUGGUGCGUUUUGGAAAUGUUGGUCGCUACUGCUGCGCGGCUUGCUUUUUGAGUCUAAGAAGUUGAGGCCUGCAUCGGGUUCUUCAAGUCCGGCUUCGCGAGUAAAACAAUACUUUCCGAGGCCACUUUUGGCCUCAGAUUCAGAGGCCCAAAGUGAGCUUCAAAUAUCUGAGUUUUCCAAGCUGCCGAUAUGGUCCUGUCCCUGUGCGCGUGAGGUGCAGACGCUGUGGCAGUGGGUGUCCUGGUUGCGCCGUUGCUGUGUUUGCGCCGGCAAGAUUCCGGUCCUGCUGAAUGAGACGUAUGUGCCCUGGAACCCUGGUUAUGUCGCCGGCAACGUUGUGCGCAAGCCCAAAAGGGUGCAAGGUGCUUGCGCUUCAAAGCAGCGCAAAGGGCGAUUUUCCUUUACUCCGGUCAUCUGCACGGAUGAAGCAUUGCAACCAAUGCUUCCCCGCUUCAUUGUGGCAAAGCGCUCGGUUCUGAGCGCCAGGGCUGUCAGGAAUACCGACAAGCCCGACAGUGUGCAUGUUUGGCGGGAGGCAAGCGCGUGGUCUACAGUGCGGAUCAUGUGCCGCAUGCUGGAGGAGUUGUCGCGCGCCCUGGCCCCUUUCCCCAAUUACCAAGCGAUUUUGCUUUUGGAUUGUCACUCUUCGCAUCUUCAUCCAGAGACUGUGCGCGCCGCCAACAACCACGGUCUGUCGAUGGCAGUCAUUCCGGCUGGUCUCACUGGGCUGGUUCAACCCUUGGACACUUUGGCGUUUGCUGGCUUCAAAUGCCGACUGAAACAGCAGUUUCAAAUCGGCUUAGGUGAAAGGCAGACCAUGCCGGAGGAUCAGAGUUUCUUCAACGGAAAGCGAUGGCAACCAGGUUUUGCGCCCUUGGAAUUCGAACCGCAGUUCCCUAUCCGCCUGGCACGUGAGCUGCGAGUAUAUCAAGAAGCGUUGGCUUUGGUGCCUUCGAUCGCACCGACACGCGACGAGCUUCUUUCCUCGCAACUAUCCGUUGACAGACGAUCUUUUUGA